GAUGACGUUUUGUGGUAGGUUUCAGCUGUGUUGUCACCAGCUGUUCGCAAAGGAAACAAAGUGACGGGGAAUAAAAUAGCAAUGCAUUUCGUAUGAAACGCAGUACAAAUGACAGACAAUCUCAGAAGUCGCGCAAGGACUUGAGCAUACAUUGGAAUGAAAGAGAAAUUAAGUUUUGCGUAGUUGACUUUUGAAAUAUAAAAACUGAUUUCACAGUAGUUGCACUUUUAAGUAGUCUAGCGUUAGCUGGAUUGGUACGAAACGACUUUAACGUCUUCAGCGAGGAUCGCAAGUGCUAUCUCAGACACCGGGCGAGAUGAACGUGGGCACGGCGCACAGCGAGGUGAACCCCAACACGCAGGUGAUGAACAGCCGGGGCAUGUGGCUGUCCUACGUCCUGGGCAUCGGCCUGCUGCACAUCGUGCUCCUCAGCAUCCCCUUCGCCAGCGUGCCCGUGGUCUGGACCCUCACCAACCUCAUCCACAACCUGUGCAUGUACCUCUUACUGCACACGGUGAAGGGGACCCCCUUUGAGACCCCGGACCAGGGCAAGGCCCGCCUCCUCACACACUGGGAGCAGAUGGACUACGGCGUGCAGUUCACCGCCUCCCGCAAAUUCCUCACCAUCACUCCCAUUGUCAUGUAUUUCCUCACCAGCUUUUACACCAAGUACGACUGGGUCCACUUUGUGGUCAACACCGUCUCCCUGCUGACCGUGCUCAUUCCCAAACUGCCCCAGCUGCACGGGGUCCGCAUCUUCGGCAUCAACAAGUACUGAGGGGCGGGGGGCGGGCCCUCCCCUCCUGGAACCCCUCGUCUCCAAGGGCAGCCCCUCCCUUUGUGGCCCCUCUCCUUCUCCAUGAGUAGGACCAGGGACGAGGAGGCGGAGGAGGAGGCGGACAUGUCCACCGAUCCCCGGACUCUCAGCCCACCUGACGUGUCUCAACAUAAGGCUGCUUGUUCAGGGGUCGACGUCGCAUAGACACGCCAAGAGGGUUCAGACAAACAGACGAACUUCUGAGUUAUUUCGCAGUAUUUAUUGGCCUUGUUGGCAAAACGCACGUGUAGCAGCGGCUUUGUAGGGGAGGCGGUUUCUGAAAUUGGCUGAAAACCGCUGUGAUAUUUAUGGACGAAUCCCCAUUGCCGUCUUUUGAGUCUGUAGUCAUAGAAUACCACCUCACCCUAAAUCUACCAGCAGAGGUCACUGUCCAAUUCUUCCAUCACAACUGUUGUCCUUGCCUCCCUCUUGGUGAGCUCCUCUGCUCUCAUUGCUCUGGUGUUUAUUUCCUGUCUUCAACUGCUGAACCAGGAUCAGUUUACUCAUCCGUCAGUCUGAAUGUGACAAAAGUCGGCAACAAACCUGGGUCAGUCCAAGCACAGUUUGUUUGCAUUUCAGGCAUGUGGGUGGAGCAACGCCUGUCUGCCAAAAGAGCAGCCGUGCAGUCCCCUACAGGACAUAAUCCCACCCAUGCAGUCCCCUAUAGGAGAUAAUCCCACCCAUGCAGUCCCCUAUAGGAGAUAAUCCCACCCAUGCAGUCCCCUACAGGAGAUAAUCCCACCCAUGCAGUCCCCUACAGGAGAUAAUCCCACCCAUGCAGUCCCCUAUAGGAGAUAAUCCCACCCAUGCCGUCCCCUAUAGGAGAUAAUCCCACCCAUGCAGUCCCCUACAGGAGAUAAUCCCACCCAUGCAGUCCUCUACAGGAGAUAAUCCCACCCAUGCUGUCCCCUACAGGAGAUAAUCCCACCAAUGCAGUCCCCUACAGGAGAUAAUCCCACCCAUGCUAUCCCCUACAGGAGAUAAUCCCACUCAUGCAGUCCCAAACAGGAGAUAAUCCCACCCAUAUAGUCCCUUGCAGGAGAUAAUCCCCAAUGCCCUCGCCAUGUCAUCACUCUUGUUUACUUGGUCAAUCUGGAGAAUGUCCAAUCUGCUGUGGCCACUUUAUUAAGCACAGUCCUGCUUUUAUCCUGGAGCAUCUCUGAGUGACUGGAUGAGGGUCCCCACACAAUGAAGACGGCGCGCCGAGCGUUUGGCCAACGACCCAAUCAGAAUCUUUUUCUCAGCGCCGGCCUACCUCUGCCUCUCUUCCGCUGAUGCCCGCACAACUCGAAACGAUUCGUCACUUUUUUCCCAUUUCUGUAGGGCUGAUUCCCCUGGUUUCAGCUGUCUGUCUUUCAGCCGGACUGCAAACGCGGCAAAUCCAUCGCCCAAACUUCACGCCGUUGUCUCGACUCGCAAACUUUAAGCUGAGAGCGGAUAGGAGUGCAAGACCUCCCCUCCAGAGCACGACUCACUGGGACUACUGAUUUCCAAUUUUUGUCCGAUUUACCGUUUUUUUUUUCUUUUUGUCGAGGCACUUUGAGAAGAUGGUACGUCACAUGGACUCCACGCACUUAAACUGUCACAGUCACAAGUGCACCCGGGAGAUUUUGACCUACAUGUUAGUGUGUUACAUUGAAAUGAGUGUAUAUUUACAUUAGUACCUGAGGAUAUAGCCAUCGCAAAAAAAGACCUGUACGCUAGCCUGUAUCUGGGUGCAGAGUACAUCUGCAGUUUUAGCAUGUUGGCUAAGUGCGCGCUUACCCUGUAGUGGUACUGGUCACUUAGUGUGUCCAGUCAGCUUGGCUUUCUCUGUCGUUAGAAGGCAUUUUAAAAGGGGAAUUAAAUGUGCGCUGGGCUGGACAGAAACCAGCAGACGCCCUGGUCUUUUCAGCCAGGCCACGAAUUGUGUAAUAGAGGGAAGGCUUUUACUUAGUGACAGUUUUACAGUUUAUAAAAACAAUUUCAUAGAACCUUCCAGCUGUUCUUCAAUCUGGGAUUUAUUUUGUGCCGUAUAGUUUUAUUACUGUGGAUUAUUUCAGAUCAGCAGGUUUACACCUCGUCGUUUACACCGUCGUUGGAACGGAUGUCCCUGCAGCCUCAGCCGAGUUCCACUGGCCCAGUUUCGCUUGUGAAAUCUUGGCUGGGCUGCCCAGUCCGAUCUGCAGCACGAGCGUCCGUCUGUCAGCUCCUCCUGGAUGUCUGGCCGCGGUCUGAAUUCCGCGCUGGAGCGCGUUGGGUUUUGUCACUGGGGUGAAAAUGAUGUAAUGCCGUAGCACUGUGUGGCAGUACGAGUGAGGCCCUGGCGCCGACGGGCCACUGGGCUCUGAACCGGGCCCCGAACCGGGCCCCGCGGUGCGUCCGGUGGGUCUGGGGCCUGUGCCCGGAGAGGUGGGGGCUCCUCUGCGGGGGAGGGGGGGCUGGCACUAUACUGACAUUCCGGGAUUUUGGCAGUUCAUGUGCUUCAGUAGAUUAAAUUAUGAAAGCAAUGUAACCGUUGCAGCUAACGGGGUCAUUAAUGUGUGUUCUGUUUUGAGCUGGCUAAGUGGAAGACCUGUUGUAGCCAUGGCAGGGGGUAGGCGAUGAUCUUCU